AUGGAAGUCAUUCGACCGGCAGGCAAUAAUGAGCGGCGUUGCAUAGUCCGAGAUGUCCUCGGACUCUACGGCUCAAUCAUCUCAGUCGGGACCUAUCGAUCGCAGAAUGCAAAGCAAGACUUGUCGAAGGACACCAUUUUCAAGGCAUUGAAGCAAUGCAUUGAAGAGCUCUCUACUCUCAGCACCAUCGUCAACGACUCUGAAACGGAAACGCCACAGCUGGUGAAGGCCUCGAAGAUAGACUUAGAGCAGCAUGUUCACUUUCUCGACCAGACCGAUAUCCAAGCUCUUCUCGAACAAGCCCACAACAACCCUCUAACAGAGUACGAAGCCCGACCCCAAUGGCGUCUUUACAUAACCCUAACAGCAGAUGUCUCGUCCCCGUCCUUCCACGUGGCAUUCGCAACAUCCCACGCACUAGCAGACGGCACAUCAGGCCUGAUCUUCCACAAAACCUUCCUCGCGGCCCUACGCAACUCCUCCCAACUCUCAUUCGCCGCAGGACCCGUCUUCUCACCAACAACACACCGGAGCCUCCCUCCCGCGCUCGAACAAGCCGGAGAUCUGAGCAUUUCCUGGUCAUUCCUCGCAGGCCCUCUUCUCGAAGAAUUCUUCCCAGCAUGGCUGAAUAGACUUCUCGGCUUCAGCAAGGAUAAGCCUGGAUCGAGUAAACCAUGGUGCGGCGCAGCGACAAAACCCUCGGUCGAAGCAUUCGUGGAAACAGCUGUCCACGUCACAGCCGUGUCACCAGAGAUUUUGCUGAGCGCGUUAGCCGCCUGCAGGAAACACAACGCCCGCUUGACAGGUCUGCUCAACUACCUCACCUGCCGCGCGCUCGCUCGGAACCUCCACGUCCGCGGUCGAGAAUACGCCAGAUUCAUCACCGAAACGGCUCUCGAUCUGCGCCGCUGCUUGCCGGAUGAGUAUCACGAAAGCAUGGGGAACUUUCCCUCGGCGAUAUCAGAAACGGUCGACAUUCCGCUAUCAUCCCUGGAAGCGGGAAAGCAUGAACUCGUGUCAUCCGACUGGGAAGCCGUCCAGACCACGACGAAACUCCUGAGUGAAAAGUCGAGUACUCUCGCAGAUCAAGCGACAGGUUUACUCAAGUUCCUGUCAAACUACCGCGAAUGGACGAUCAAGCAGGCCACAUCGCCUAUGGAGGCCUCCUUCGGCAUGAGCAAUCUAGGCACUUUCGACGGCAGUAGUAAAGACAACGCAGACUCAAGCUGGGAAGUAACAGACAUGGUCUUCUCGCAAUCCGCAGACGCAACCGGGCCUCCCUUCAAUCUCAACGUGGCGUCCGGGAAGCACGGAUCGCUGAUGCUUGUUCUUUCGUGGAUGACCGGGGUGUUGGGAGUGGAAGAUGAAAGGUUGUUUGUGCAAGACGUAAUGCAGGAUGUCGUGGCACAGCUGCAGGCUGUUUCAGCUUGA